GUCAGGUCAUCCACGCACCGCACCGCACCGCACCUCUCUCCCCCCCGUAUAAUUAUCUUGCAGAUAGAGUAGAAAAGACGCACCCCUUUCCGGAAAUACUACAUUUUAUUAUGAAAACGAUCCUCCACUAGGUUUGGUUUUGGUUUUCGUUUCGUUUCGUUUUGUUUGAAUCGGUUCGGUUGGUGGUUGGUUUCUCCUUCUCUCUUCCAUUUUUCUUUCAGAUUCGUUUGAUCUCUUCUUCCCUCCUCUGGUCUGGAGAGGAGAAAGAAGCAAGAGAGAUUGAUUAAUCAGCGGAGAUAAUUUAAUAAUAGUAAUCAUAUUAAGAUAAUCAGGAGGAAGAAGAAGAGGAGGAGAACGAAACAGACACACAAAGACAUAGAACACGAAGAGAACGGAGCAAGCAUUACGUUAUUAAAUCAGAGUCAUAUUUUGGAUAUUACCGCACCGGCCCUCUCCCAGAAUCCUGUCCGAGAUCGACAUUCCCCUCUGUGCUGUGAUCAGGUACUUCUCCGAUCCGAUCGAAUCGAUUCGAGGGAUUUCAAAAGACGGAUCUUUUCCCCCUUCUUUGGGAGGCUGUCUCCUUUUUCUCCCAAUAUUGAAAUUUGGGGGAAAAAAGAGGAGCGGAUCUCUGGAAAUCUACCAGCGAAAUUUGUUGAAGCCUAAAUUGAAUACUACCCUACGUAAUGGCCGCGAUUGAUAUGGAGAGUGUGGAAUGCGUGUCUUCCUCCGAUGGAAUUGAAGAUGAAGAGAUCCAGUCGUCAAUUUCUUCAAAUCUUCAUAAUGUUCAUCACGUUCUCCCCAAUCAGUUUGCUUCAAAGCCUAAUGGCUUGGUUCCCUCUGCUAUUGGCCCAACGAGCGUCCAUGAAUUGCUGGAAUGCCCUGUGUGCACCAAUUCUAUGUACCCACCAAUCCAUCAGUGCCAUAAUGGGCACACACUCUGCUCUACUUGCAAGACAAGAGUGCACAAUCGAUGUCCUACCUGCAGACAAGAGCUUGGAGAUAUAAGGUGUUUAGCGUUAGAAAAGGUUGCAGAAUCACUAGAGCUGCCCUGCAAGUACUAUUCGCUGGGGUGCCCUGAAAUUUUCCCAUAUUAUAGAAAACUCAAGCAUGAGGGCGUGUGCAAUUUCAGACCAUAUAAUUGCCCUUAUGCUGGAUCUGAAUGCGCAGUUACUGGGGAUAUUGCUUUUCUUGUCUCCCACCUGAGAGAUGACCACAAAGUUGACAUGCACACAGGAUGCACCUUCAACCAUCGCUAUGUUAAGUCAAAUCCUCGUGAAGUAGAAAAUGCAACGUGGAUGUUAACAGUAUUCCAUUGUUUUGGGCAAUACUUCUGCCUUCACUUUGAAGCAUUUCAGCUGGGAAUGGCCCCAGUGUACAUGGCCUUUCUCCGUUUCAUGGGUGAUGAAAAUGAAGCCCGCAACUACAGCUACAGUCUAGAGGUAGGAGGGAAUGGGAGGAAGCUGACGUGGGAGGGUACCCCAAGGAGCAUCAGAGAUAGCCACCGUAAGGUGAGGGAUAGUCAUGAUGGUCUUAUUAUACAGCGAAACAUGGCCCUUUUCUUCUCUGGGGGCGACAGGAAAGAGCUUAAGCUCAGGGUGACAGGAAGAAUUUGGAAGGAGCAACAGAGUCCGGAUGCAGGGGCAUGCGUGCCAAAUGUUUGUAGCUAAUUGUUGUUUGGCCUUGAUUGCUUGCUUGCAGCUCUGCUUGUUUGGUGUGUAUCUGUGAGACGGAAAGGAGAGCCUAAGUCCCUUUUGUUUUUGCAUGCUAAUGUGUAUUGCAUAGCUUGUAACUGUAACUGUUACUGCAUUUUUCAUUAAAUUGUGAAGCAGCACUCCUACAGUUGUGUUUAUGGA